ACCAAUUCGAAUUCUUCAAGUUUGAUAUUUUGCUAACAUGUCGGCAAACGCCGAUAAAGAGAAAAAAUCUUCAAAAAUGGCCGAAGAUCGUGAAGAAAAGAAAGCAGCCAGCCCCACUGACAAGGAGGAUUCCAAGGUAGAGGCCACUGCCGCUGAUAACAAGAAGAAGGCCGAUGCAGCGGAAGAGGACAACGGUGAAGUAAGCGGCAAGGAGACCGCAUCUGCUGACGAUGAAAAAGAAGCAAACGAUAAGCCAAAGGCCAAGAAAACGGCUGAGGCUAAGAAAGCCGUCACCGAUGAAGACGGCGAGGGAGAAGAUGAUCCCGAAGAAGAAGAAGAAGACGAGGAUGAAGAGGAAGACGGUGAAGAUGAUAACGUUGACGAAGCGGAUGAGGAUGCCGGCAAGUCCAAGGCAGCGAAACCAAGCAAGGAGGCAGCAAAAAAGCCUACAAAGCCGGAAUCGAAAGCAACUGCGGUUGCCACCGCUAAGAAUGGCGAGAAGAAACCUUCCGCCAGCGGCAAACCAUUGGGUGCCAUCGCUUUGAUUGAUGCCAACAUCGCGAAAACCAAAAUGGAUGCACUGCAAACGUUGCAUGUCAUAAUCUACGACAAGGAGGGCAAAGCUCCAUUUAUGAAGAAAAACCUGAAGAAAUUCGAUGGGUUCAGUUUCGACUCGGACUCGGAUGAGUACAAGAAACGUCGACAGGCCGUCGAAAAGAUGGACCCCAAGAAGCUUGCUCAAACUGCCGAAAUUUUAAAUUUGGACAGUAAGGGAUCGAAGGAAGAGCUGGUCGAAAGAAUUUUUAAGUUUCUAGAGAAGCCUGAUGGUGAUGAUCAUCUACCAGAGGAGGAAGCUGAAGACGAAGAAGCCGCAGAGGAGGAAGAGGAACAAAGCGAAGAGGAAACUAAAAAACCAGCGAAACGCCCCGCUCCUCCUGCUAGAGGCGGUCGUGAAACAUCCAAAGGCUCUGGUGGUAGACCACAACGAGCUACUGCAGGGCGUGGUUAUCAAGAUAAUUCCUUAUAUGUAGAUUACACCAGCUCUGAAGAGGAAGAAAAGGUAGUCAAACAACGGGGACGUCGUCGCAACGAUUCUGAUAGUGGAUCUGACUAUAAUCCAUCCGCUGGCUCCGACUCGGAUGCUGGUAAACGACGAUCUGCACGAGCUCCUGCGCGUGGCAGUCGGGUUUCUGCACGUAACCGACGCCGACAGUCCAGUGAUGAUGAAGAAUCCGAAUUAAGCCCAAGUGAUGACGACUUCAGCGAUGACGAACCCAAGAAGAAGAAGGCAAAACCCACACCCACACGGGGCCGAGGACGUCCGGCUGGUCGUCCAUCGGCAGCGGCAGCUAAGGGUCGAGGUCGAAAGCGGAAGGCUGACACUGAAAGCGAAGACGAAGAAGAGGAGGACGAAGAAUCCGUGGCAGAGAGCGAAGACAGUGAGAAACCGCAAAAGAAAACUUCGGCCAAGGUCAAAGCAACGGACAAUAGCAAAGCGAAAAAUGCUACUCCCGCAAAGGGAAGGGGUAGACCGAAGCGGGCGGCACCAACCAAGAAAUCGAAACGCGAUGAAAGCUCCGAAGAGGACGACGGAGAGGAGGAACCUGAGCUUGACGAAAAUGAAUCAGAGGAAGAUGAAAAACCUUUGAAGAAAACCAACAAGGAAGAAAAGUCGAGCAAGGAACCCAAGGAAAAAGAUUCGGCGGCACCACCUAGCGAGGACGACAUCAAAGAAUUCCUCAAGGAAAUCCUCGAAGAAGCGAACCUGGAGGAAAUCACCAUGAAAACGGUGUGUAAAAAGGUGUACGCCAAGUAUCCGGACCACGAUCUGUCGCAUAAAAAGGAUUUCAUUAAAGCAACAGUCAAAUCUCUGAUAUCGACGUAAGAAAUUCGAUGUGUGAGAAUUUAUGUUUCUACAAGUUUCUGCACGUUUUAUUAACUACAAACAUCAACUAACAUUUUACAGUGGAUAUGAUUAAUGAAUCAUAUGGUUAAGUGGUUCUAGCGCGUUCGCGAAACAUAGACGACAUCCGGUAAAACGGAUGCAUUGAUAACAUAUACAAGCAAAAAAUCGAAAAUAAAUCUGCGAGGGAUUGUAGUAGUCAAAUCAAAACACAAUUUGAGCAGAAUGAAAAAUAUCAGUACUCCUUUAACGUUUAAAAACAAACAUUUUUCUUUCGAAGAGGUGUAGUUGAAAUCAGUUGUCACCCGUUCUUCAGGAAGACUUGAAAAUGCAUCAAUACAUGCAUCUCGCGCAGUUGAUUUCUAUUUUUUUACAUAUUUUUUUUAAAUGGAUUUACAUCUAAACUUACAAUAUUUUCGAAUCAAACUAAAAAGAAGUGUUGACACCAUCAGCCUUUUUGUGUUUAAAUUGUUUUGUUUUUUAUAAAUUGCUAAUGGCACAAUGAAAAUUAUUUCCUUCCUCGCUACUGAAAGAAUGCAUCAUCUUCUUGGAAAGCUCUUUGAUAUUUUAGUUUUUUAGGCUUUAAAACUCUCACAAAUAUGUUUACUUUACAAUUCGUGUUGCGAAGACGACAAACAAAAACAAAGUAUUGAUUCGAAACAUUGUAAAUGCAAGGAACAGAAAAUAUGGUGUAUGUAAAAUUUCGGACUCAAAAUUAAACCCACGUUUGGCCUCGAACCAGAAUUGCAUUAGAAAGCCGAUUAGGCAGGUAGAAUUUCGAAUUAUCAAGUGAUGAACAUAGCAAAGCAGAAGCACACAAAAUUUAUUUUGGAAAACAAAAGAAAAUUUAACAAUGCAACAAGCAUACUAAGUCGUGUUGAUAUGACAGAGAAUAGUUCUUUUUUAUAUCGAGAGUAACGUAAUGAAAGCAAGCGCUAUAAACCGCGGUGUUUAAAAUAAUUAUAAAUACAAACACGAAAAUAAGAAAACAAACAAAAUACAGAAUUAUUCUUCAGAUACAAAUAAACUAUAAUAACUAG